AUGGCUGCGGGAUCGGGCUCGGCGGCGGUGCUGCGCGGCGCUACUGGUGCCCGUGAGUCUGCGGACCGCCUCGUCGCGCGGCUGCAGUCGCAGCUGGCGGCCGCCACACGCCAGCGGAAGGACACGGAGGAGGCCCUCCUGGUCAUCGGCGGCGACGGCGAGGUGGCCGCCCGCGUCCGCUGCUUUCUUCCAGCCCUCGCCGCGCUGGUGGAGGGCCGCGCGCCCACGUGGCCCCAGAGGGCGCAGCUGGAGGGCGCCGACGCGCAGGCGCUCCGUGCUGCCCAGCGCGGGCCGCGCCUCGGCGCCGCUGCGGAGGGCUCCCCCGCGCCUGCGCGGAAGGGGUGCGGCCCCGUCGCGGAGAGCGGGGCCCAGGCUUUCGGGCACGGCCUGGCUGCGGGCUGGAGCCUGGCGGCGCGCCAGGGCGGGCUUGCGGGCGUGGCGUGGGCGCCGGGCCACUGGCAGGACCCGCAGCAGCCCGGUUUGCUGCUCGAGGCGCUCGGCGUGGAGCUGCAGCCGUGCUCGCAGGUCGUCGGCGACGAGCGCGGGGCGUCCGAGGCCACCUUCGAGGAGGGCUUCUGGGUCGAGGCUUUCUCCGACCUGAUCGGGGAGGCGUCCGAGCCGGUGGCGGCCGUGCCGCCGACGGUGUGCGACGCGAUCGUGGAGGGGACCGUGCCGGUGGCGGCCGAGCUGCCGACGGAGUGCGUCGCUUUCAUGGGCGGGGAGUCGGAUGUGGUCGAGGCUGUCGCGGGGCUGGACAGCUCGGUCCAGUCAGCGGCGGAGGUCGACGGCGAGGGCUCCUGCGGGCCAGAGAGCUCUGAGGCAGGGCACAUCGCGGAGCCCCUGGGCGCGAGCGAGGUUGACGACAUGCUGCGGAUGCUGGACGAGUGCGCCGCUGCCGUGCUGGAGGGCGGCGCGGGCGCGAUGGUCUCCGCCGACGUCACCGGCGGCACUGCGGACACGCCGAGGGCCGCAGUCGAGGCGUCCUUCGCGGACGCCCGCGCGGCCGGCGGAGUAGAGGCAGGUGGUGGUGCAGGCGGGAAAGGACAAGGAGGCCAACGCCAGCCACCACCUCACGACAAGACUGUCGACCUCAAGGCUGCCGCCGCAGCAGCUUACAGCAAGCUCAGCAAGGACGACCCGCUCAGGCAGCACUACGAGGCCCUCUGGCCAGAGCUCGCCGCAGCCAAGCCACCAGCAGACCAACCAGUCGUUGGAUUCAAGGCAGUGGAGGCAGCUGCUCGACGCUUGGACAAACUCCAGAAGAAAGUACGAUCGGCAGGGGAGCAAGUUGAGAGUGCCCAGCAGUACUUGGCUGAGAGUGAACGCAAGCUUCGUGAAGCCAUGGAAGCCUCCAUUGCAGCCGAAGAUGAGUUCGACAAGCUCAAGGCCACAGUCGGCAAGCAAGAGGCACCAGCUGAACCUGCAGCCGAGAAGCCAACUCUGGCAGCCCUCCUGGAGCAGUUCGAGCAUGAGCCUGAUGACUUCCACAAGUGGUCCGAGCCCGACAAGGAGGUCUGGCGAGCAGCAAAGGCCAAGGGCGAGCGCAUGGCCCAGACGGUCAAGGAGCACGAGGAGGAGACGGCGAAGCACCUGCGACUACUGGAGGAAGAGACGGCCAGGCACCAGGAGCAGCUGCGCCAGCUCGAGCAGGUGCCACCACAUGCACUGAGGCAGCAGGGACAGCCGCCGCGGCUGCGCCCACCGGCGCCGCAGCAGCUGCCCAACCAGAAGCAGGCGCAGCAGAACAUGACAAAGCAGAAGAACGCCGAGCCAGAGUGGAGGCCCACAUCCAGGAGGCGCGAGAGAAGGUCUCGCAGGCUAGGCGCGCUGAGACAGUCGUCGACGCAGAAGGGCAAGGUGACCACUCAGCAGGGUAGCCGCCCCAAGGCGAGCGCGAAGAAGGCUCGCCGCCCGUACCACAUUGACUUCUUCAACGUCACGACCUGGGGCCCCCAGGCACAGGGCUACCUCAUGGAGAUCAACAAUACCAAGGACAGGGACAUCAUUGGCAUCGCGGAGCACCACCUCCGCCAGCCUGCGCAGAUAAGCAAGGCAAGAGCGGCGCCCAGGAGGAAUGGCACGCACAGCUACUGGACCAAGGCACGGCCAGGAGAAGGAGAAGGCACUCGAGGAGGCACGUGUGCCAUCACGCGAGGAUCCUUGGACAUCCAGGACAGGAUCGCGGGUUUCGAUGAGCACUACCUGCACGAGGACGGCAGCGACGUCACGGUGGUGAUCUCCAACCUGCACAAGGUCCGUUUCGCAGUGGCUUUCGUCUACCUUGAGUGUGGGACGGGCUUUGGAGAGAGGAACGUCGACAUCCUCUGCGACCUGCGGGAGAAGAUGGCCGUCUGGGGAGGGCCCUGGGCAGCGCUUGGGGGCUUCAACAUGACGCCGCCGGAGCUCAACAACAGCAUUUGGCCCAGGGUGCUGAAUGCUCAAGUAGCUGCGGCGGAGGAUGGCGCCCCCACAUGUUUCCCAGCAGUAGGUGAAGCCAGGUGCAUCGACUUCGCGCUGAUCUCGCAGGGCCUGGCGCCGUAUUUCGACCAGCUGGAGCUGCUCAGGACCGCGCCGUGGAAGCCGCACAUCGGCAUCCGCUUGAAGUUGAAGGGGCGGCCUCUCAUGCUCAAGGGCAGGGUACUUCGCAGGCCAGCAGCCAUAAAGCCGCCAGUCACAGUCGAGAGAAUGCCGAAGUCCAGAGCCGCUUGCAGACGAGCGGCGCGCGGAGGCCAGGAGGCCAUGCGCCGACGUCAGCAAGCGUUGGCAGAGGCAGGAUGCGACCUGGACGAGAACGACAUGGAGCCAGUGCCGCAGCUGUACUACGACAAGGAGGUCAAGCACGUCAUCCCUGACGAGCUGUGGCAGGCCACCUCCGAGCGGGUCAGCGCGCGCGCCUACGACGAGUUGCCCCAGCACUUGCAGCACACAGUCGUCGGCAAGAUGAUGGAGCGGGAAAUGCUGGACCUGGGGCAACAGCACGACCGCUUCGCAAGCACCCUCGAGCUCAGCCUGUGCGAGAGCAUCGGCAUCCCAGAGGAAGAGCGUGGACGACAUCUCGGGCGCAGCAGGCCCCCGAGCUACAAGAGCGCGAGCAUCAAGGACACCGUCACCUCUACGCCAUGGGCAGGGGUCGAAAGGAAGAUCCACGCGUGGUGGGCGUAG